AUGCGUGGGGUCAGCUGCGGCGGGCGUCGGGUCGACCUGGGGCAGCUGCGCUCGGCGGCCCACCGGCAGUCGUUAGGGGCACUCAGCGCCGCCGGGGGUUCCCCUAGGGGGAAGUCCCUGGAUUUGCCAGAGUGGGGCAUGAAAAUGUCAAACGUACAGUGCCUUCGAAUUGAUCCGAUCGGGGAACUUGACGAGGUUGGCGGCCAAAGUGUCAGGCGCGUGUUCCGACGUGUCACGUCGCCGUCGGGAGAGCGUGACACAUCACGUGACAAUCUACGGCGCGAGACAAUGGGGGCUCAACGUCAAAGCUCGCCAACAGCGAUCGGUAAUGCCGCC